AUUGUAAAAAUAAAAUUAAAAAUCUGCGUUCUCAUUAUUGUUAAGAAUUCAAGAAAAAUAAAAAAUUCAAUAAAAAGUGGUGCUGGAAGCGAUGAAGUGUAUAAACCUUCGUUACCGUGGUUCGCCGCUCUAGACAGUUUUCUACGACCACUUGUAACACAAAAAACAGUAUCAAAUUUGGAGGUAAGUAAUUUAUUAUUUCAUAAAAAUUUAUUAACUGACUUAAAAAAAGAGGUUUUCUGUUUCAUUUGUUUGUAUUGUGACCUUUUCGGGGGUCCACUCUGUGGCAAUCGAAAUCAAAAAGGGGGAAAGGGGUAUUGGGAAAUUCACAAUAGAGGGGUCUCGGGCACUUUCGUCCGCACAGUUUCGGGGGGGAUUACGCGAGGAGGAAAUAGUGGGGGACGGGAAGGUGCAGGGUCGGGAUGGCUUCUCUACGUUACGCGUGGCUUCCAAAGAAACACAGGGGUCGAAACGAGAAGGGGUAGCCGUUGCCAAUACUCGAACAAUACGGUUACAAUAAUUAAUGAAAGGGGCUUACCAAACGCCUCACUCACACACAAUACUCUCCAAUCAAAAAGAGAUAGUGACGAAGCUGAUGAAAAAUUUCUAUCAUCAGCCCUACAUAGAUUAGAAGCUAUUUUAGUCAAUGCAAUCGCGACGUCGAAAAAUACCGAAUUUGAUAUAUUCGGACAAAGCGUUGCUGCGCAAUUAAAUAAUAUGCCGUUGGAAGAUGCGCUUCAAUUGCAGUUGGAAAUCCAACAGUUAAUUACCAGAAAGCGUAUACAUUAUCGUAUGCAGCUAUGAAGCAGACAAUUACAGCGAAAUAGUAAUAAUAGCCCUUCUCAAAACACAUUUCACAGUCAUUCUCCCGUUCCUAAUUAUGUAAUGAGCAACACACCAGGAACUGCCAACACUACUUCCGAUUUUUCUCAAGAUUCUAUCGAUGAUUCUAUAACCUGCUUUCAAUUACUUUAAUUUUAUAUAUUUAUCAAA